AUGGCUGUUGAGGCUCCCACCACCCCCGUUCCCGUUGCGGAACUCACCAAGAUCGCGACAGAGGCCUGCGACACCUCGCUGAAAGAUGUUGAGGCAUACGACCACGUGAAAGUCGGCGACUGGAACUCUCAGAUCAUCAACGACAUCCUCAAAGCCCUCAUCACCGCUACCACGCCGUCCACGCCCUCCGCCGGCCCUCCCUACCGGUUCACCGUCAACAGCACCAUCGUGCAACAAGGUCUGAUCGAGAAGUCGGCGGCCGCGGAUGGCGCCGCCACCAACGUCGGCAAGCGCGGCAUGCACUCGGCCUCCGGUGCCUACUGGGACGUCAACCGCGACGGCAUGUGGACGUUCAAGUACCCCGGAGCGGACGAGCGGGGUCUAGAUGUGGUGGUCAGCGUGACGUGGUUUGCGGUGAACUAA